AUAUUAUCGCUUAAUAAUGACUAUUAAUUAACAAGACAAGAAACACAAAAUAAUCUUUCUUAAAAAGUGCUUAUUUUAAAAAUUAAAGACAAUGUCUUUAUACGACGAUUUUGACAAACACAGAACAUCAGAAAAAGUGGCCGGAUGGUCAUCUAGUAUUAAGUUACUACAAUCUCAAUUACAGUUGAAAAAAGCUGCUACUACACAGCCAAAACGUGAACAAUAUAGGAAAGCAACAGCAGUUCUAGCACCUGUAAUAGAUUUAAAGUCAAAAGCAAAUCGAAACACAGAUAGAGAUGAUGAUGGACCUCAUAAUAAUCCACUUUCUUCUGGUACUGUUAGUAGUAUUGGUGUAGGAGGGGAAUUUGAUUGGAAUGUAAUAAAUGAGUAUGAUCCCAUGUGGCCUAAUGAAUAUGACAAAGUUGUUAAAGAACUAAGAGAUUUACGUGAUAGAGAACAUGAUCAAGAGACUGAAAUGCGUAAGCGUAGAAGAGACAGUUCACGUUUUGAAGAUACACAGACUUCUUCUGGAAAUAGUACAAUGAUUCUUCCUGAAAGGGAUGAGGAAAGAACUCCCACAUCAAGAGGUAUUGCUGGAGGAGCAGCUAUAGCUCCACCACCUUCUUUACAAGAAUCAUCUGAUCUUCCACCUCCAGCACCAAGACCACCAACUAGCAUGGGAUAUGCUACAUCAUCAGUAGCAGCAAAAAUAAUGGCUAAAUAUGGUUUCAAAGAAGGGCAAGGACUUGGUAAAAAAGAACAAGGAAUGUCUGUUGCUUUACAAGUAGAAAAAACUAGUAAACGAGGUGGUAGAAUUGUUGGGGAAAGAGAACAACUAAUGCCACCACCACCACCUGUUGCUGUUUCUCCACCUCCAGCACAAGUUGUUCCUCCACAACCUUCGGAAGAACCUAGCAUUACAGAAAUAAUGAAAUGUCCAAGUAAGGUUGUACUAUUGCGUAAUAUGGUUGGUCCUGGAGAAGUGGAUGAUGAUCUUGAACCAGAAGUUAAAGAUGAAUGUAAUACAAAGUAUGGCGAUGUUGCGCGUGUUAUUAUCCAUGAAGUAACGGAAGCUGCUCCAGAAGAAGCUGUUAGAAUUUUUGUGGAAUUUAAGAGAAUAGAAAGUGCGAUUAAGGCUGUUGUUGAUUUAAAUGGACGUUUCUUUGGUGGGAGACAAGUCAAAGCAGGUUUUUAUUCCAGUGAAAAACUUGAUAGUUUACAGUUAAUGGACUAA